CACACGUGAAAUUAGCUUUAUUACGAAAAACGCAAGCGUCAAUACAAUCACUAGCAGUUUUUAUAAAACCAAACACUAAACGGAUAAUAAAAUAAUAAAAAAAAAAUUAAAACGGAAACAUUUAAGUAUUGGCAGUACAUUUAGUGGCAUAUACAGAGCAAUGGCAGCCAAAGUAGCAAGCGUCUAUCAACAGAGCGUUGACUUCAGCAGCAGAAAAAUGGCCGGAGCAACGUUGUUUGAACGCGCUCAAGCCCUCACAAGCGUGAAUCGGGAAGAGGGUAUCACUUUGUUAAAUAAAAUUGUACGUGAACAGGAGGUAGCCGAAAAUGAUGAGGAGUUAAUUCGUUUGAAGGAGCAGGGCAUCCUGCAACUUGGCGAGCUAUACAAGCAAGAAGGCAAGGCCAAAGAGUUGGCCGAUUUGAUCAAGGUGACGCGACCGUUUUUGAGCUUGAUAAGCAAAGCAAAGGCUGCCAAAAUGGUGCGUACGCUAGUUGAUAUGUUUUUGGACAUGGAUGCUGGUACUGGUAUAGAGGUGCAAUUAUGUAAAGACUGUAUUGAGUGGGCAAAACAAGAGAAGCGCACAUUCUUACGUCAGUCAUUGGAGGCGCGUCUGAUUGCGCUCUUUUUCGAUACCGGUUUGUAUACAGAUGCUUUGGCACUCGGUUCACAAUUGCUGCGUGAAUUGAAAAAACUGGAUGACAAAAAUCUAUUGGUUGAGGUGCAAUUGUUGGAGAGCAAAACUUAUCAUGCACUUAGCAAUCUACCGAAAGCAAGAGCCGCACUCACAUCUGCACGCACAACCGCCAAUGCGAUAUACUGUCCGCCAAAGGUGCAGGGUGCGCUCGAUUUGCAAUCGGGUAUUCUACAUGCCGCCGAUGAACGUGAUUUUAAAACAGCUUUCUCCUACUUCUACGAGGCUUUCGAGAGUUUCGACAGUGUUGAUAACGCAAAAGCUUUAACCGGUUUAAAGUACAUGUUGUUGUGCAAAAUUAUGUUGGGGCAAUCCGAGGAUGUCAAUCAAAUUGUCAGCGGCAAAUUGGCAAUCACUUACUCGGGUCGUGACAUUGACGCCAUGAAGGCUGUCGCAGAAGCUUCACAUAAACGUUCACUUGCCGAUUUCCAAGAUGCUUUGAAAGACUAUAAAAAGGAGUUGUCCGAAGAUGUAAUUGUGAAAGCGCAUUUGGGCACUUUGUAUGACACUAUGUUGGAGCAGAAUUUGUGCCGCAUCAUUGAGCCAUAUUCGAGAGUGCAGGUUUCUCAUGUUGCCGAAUGCAUUAAAUUGCCCAUGCCACAAGUGGAGAAGAAAUUAUCGCAAAUGAUUCUAGAUAAAAAAUUCAGCGGCAUUUUGGAUCAGGGCGAAGGUGUACUUAUCGUUUUCGAAGAGACACCCGUAGAUAAAACCUACGAACGUGUUUUGGAGACCAUACAUAGCAUGGGCAAAGUGGUGGACACACUCUACCAGAAGGCCAAGAAGUUGUCAUAGAUAAACAAAAAACCAUUUCUAAACAAUAUAUAAUUAUAUAAACAAAAAAUUUUAACAAUUAUUUUCUCUUUUUAUAAAUAAUAAUUUUUCUGUUAAAUUUAUAUUAAACAAUAUUGGCCCUGGCAACAGUAAUUGCAAUCCGUUAAUAACAACCGUUGCUUGUAUCCGCAUUGGUGACCGAAUUGAACGUAGCAAAAGCAGCAAUUGUGUAGUGUAACGGUAAUAGUGCAAAUCUCCAAAAAAAUACCGUAAACGAUUUAUAUAAAAUUUUUGCUAAUUUUUUGUAUGCAAAGUGUGUGGAAGCAGAACAAAAUAUAUAUUUACUUAAUAAAAAAAUAACGGUUAACUUAAAAUGUUUGCGGGUCGUAAUUGGCACACAUUUAUUGUGUAUUUGUAGUUGUACUGUUUUAGCCACUAACACAACUAUAACAACAACAACAAAAUAAAAAAAAAUGCAAUUAUAACAAUAACAAAGAGAAAAACUGCAAUUAUAACAACAACAACAAAGAGAAAAACUGCAAUUCACUGCUGUUUAUUGGUAAAACGAGAAAGAGUAAAAUUUCGAACGAUAACUGUUUUUUCUUUAAUAAAUAAAUAAAAAGAUAAGGAAAAUAA